GCGAGUGCGGAGAGACGCGGUGCCAAUGUGUCAACGCAUUCGUAAAGCGGCGUGUGUGCAAUAAUUAACCAUCGGCGGAUACACGUGCUGUAAGGAGAAGCAGGAGUCGUGGGAAGACCACGUGAUCAUACGCGGAAAUUGUCCGACAGAAAGUGUGUCGGGAUAGAGGCGGGGAGUGAGUGCGCGGUGUCCGUGUGCGUCUUGAGCCGGUGCGCAGCCUCUCUAUCGGUGUCUCUUACAAACAAGACCCGCGCUGACGGAGGACGACGCCGAGCUCCUCGCUGCACGUGCGACUUUACCCCGAGCGGAAACCAGUAAGGGCUGUUCUGAAUUCAGGCUGCUGAGAUGACCAGGCUGUGACAGUGUGCAUCCUCGUGUGUCAGUACUGGACCUAUUCCUGUGAAAUGGCUGCUGCUAAGAAGCAUUGUUCGAAGGCAGGAGGUGUGCGCUUCUCAGAGGAACCCCCUGCUGCCACUGCUCCAUCACAUGUCCACUUUGAUGAAAAGCUGCAUGACUCCGUUGUCAUGGUGAUUCCGGAGGAUGACGGUAACUUCAUGGUCAAGGUCGGCUUCCUAAAGACGCAGCACAGAUAUGAGAUCGUGUUUACCCUGCCUGAAGUUCCUGCACUGGGGAAAGACGUGUGUCCAGCACCGGUUCCCAAUCCACAUCUCCGGAUCACUGACAUCAAACCGGCACCAGAGGGCGGCCUGAAGGUAACGUGCGAGUACAUGGCCCAGCAGGAGGGAGUUCUGUGUGAGGAGGUGCUGCUGCUGAGCGAGACCAACGAGGACGUCUGUGUCAGAGUUAAAGUUCACGCCAGAGUCAUGGAUCGCCAACACGGCACACCGAUGCUGCUGGAGGGCGUUCGCUGCAUCGGGGUGGAGCUGGAGUACGACUCUGAGCAGAGCGACUGGCAAGGAUUCGACUGAAGCCCAGUUGUCGGUCCCCACACACAUACAGGCACAUAUCUACCAUCUUAGAACGCAAACACGUCUGCCAUAAAUAGAAGCUAAAUGAAAAGCUCCACAGCACAUGCUUAUGACUUAGUGCCAUGUGCAGCAGUGGGGUUCAUGUUCAGUGCAGCAUCUCACACGUAGUAUUUUAUCAUACGCAAACAUUCCUCCAAUGUGACUUUCACGACAUCAACAGCAUCUCAACGGGCAUUUCCACUGUGUUCCCAUGUUUCCAGCUCGCUCCUCUCCUCUUGUACUUGUCUCACUGAGCCUCUAGAGAGCAGCAGUGCUCCUUGAAUCUGACCACCUCUGCGCCUCAGCUCAGUGGUUUCCUCAUGUGUGAGCUCUAGGAGCCGGAGCAGGGGCUCUGUGAGCAACUACACAGCUUGAGGCACUGAUGGGUUUAAUAAAUCAGCACAGUUCAGCUUGUGGACCUGAGCAGAGUUGCUGCAGGUGUAAUGACAUGUUCCACCACAAGGGGGCAGCGCAGACCACUGAAUGUCUAUGUAUCAUCCUGUUGCCUGAAGUGUUUUAUUAACUGUGCUGCAGCUCCAAGGAAAUAGAAAAAUCCAACUUCGAUGCGCUUCUACGUGUUAUACAGCUUUUAUUGAGCAGCAGAUAUGAGCUACAACGACGUGCUCCAAACAGUGGGUGAGUGUUAAGUCAUUCUAUCCAGGAACAUAGAAAUUCCCUGUCACUAAAAACAUCAUCCUACAUGAAACAACACAUGCUUCAGCUCCACGGCUUUAGUUUGUUUAGUUGUUUUGACCUUGUAUAAUCUGUGAGAUGCAGCGUGUGUACGGUAACUGACACGCAAACCUGAGCUCUGCUGAAGAUCAGUCAUUUUAUGAUACAAGCGUUUUUGGAGGCGAGCGAUGUUCAGUUUUCCAUUAGUCAAAUUACAAAAUUAACCUAAAAAUGCCAGAAGAAGCCAAACUAACUGAAAUCAAGUUUAGUCUUAUUAGAAUUAGAGAUAAAUUAGUUGUCAGAUUAUGGAGUUAAUUUGUCUUUUGUGCUUUGUGAAUUCUUUUUUUGGUCACAUGACACAUCACCCUGACUCUGGGAAACCUUGAUUGAUGACAUUCAAUAUUUUUAGGUGUUCGAUCCAAUCAUAAUAGGGUUGUGCGUGAAACGAAUCACCUGUUUAAGGCCAGCUUUAAACCGUCCGGGUGCACUUUUCCUUCCCUGCUGCGGUUCAUGAGCCAUCAGCGCCGGGGUUCCUUUUGUUUGAAACCGUGACGCUUUCACAAACACACAUGCGAGAUAAGUGCCUUUCACAUGGAACCACCUGUUGCUCGCCUAUGUUGAGCUUCACCCUAUGGGACGCGGGCCUGUGUGACACGGCGGGAGGUGACGCGAGUGUUGGCACUGAACGUCAACAAGCUCAAACAAGGAGAAAUGAGACUUGUCCCCAUGAAGGUCCAGUGUAAGCGCUCCGUGCGUCGUCUCCCCCAGCUCCUCCACCGAGUUGCCUGAAACAGGUGUUAAAGAGGCUCUUCACCGCCAAGAGGCCCGAUCAGAGGCUCUGGGCACAAUCCCAGCAGAAUUACCUGGAGCCUGGCAUCAUUUUAACGUACAGAGCAAGUGCCAUCUCCCUGAAUCGCCCCCCGUUUGUAAACAGUGGCUCCUUCCUCCUUUUCACCUGGUUAGUUUUUGCUCAGCUGUACCUUAUUGAACGCUUUCAGCCUUAAAGGAAACGACUCCGUGUGUUGGUCCUUCACAUGUUCGUUCACGAGCCGUAGCCCAGAUUCAACAGGUUUAGCUUGUUCCCUCUUUAGCGUGGAGCUGGUUUACAGCUGGCUUCCUCCAGUGCUUGUUUCCAGAAUGUAGCGGUUCAUUUGCUCAUUGUGUGUGUGAUUUGUAUUUUUUUUAAUGUGAAAAACAAAUAAAAAUAUGUGUAUGUUUGA